UCGAUUGUAAACUUUACAACUGGCGGCCACGUAAGACUCGACAAUCGGCUUUUCGCGUAUUACGUCGACAGCAGUGUAUUUUAUCGCGCGCGGGGGAACUCACUGCAAGUACGAGCGAAGCCGAGGCGGUAUUAGCGGCGAUUAUCUGCUCCAGAUAGGCCUCCAGCACUCUUUGCAGAAAUACAUAUUUGCGUCGAAAAUGCGGAAAUACCCGGAGCAGUGCUAAACGUAAAUACGCCCAGAUCUAGAGCGAACCUGUUGAUCAGUACAGAGCGAGAAAAAGAAACAAAAGGUGGGUAUUCAUUCAAACACGAGAAAAGUCGGUUAAAGCUACUGCAGUAUUUUACUAAAAGUCAUCGGGAAAGUAGGAUCAAAAUGACGAUGUUAACAGAUCUAAUAGCAAAAAUUGUUUUUUCACUCGCAUUUACGCGCGAUGACUCAGGUCUGACGAGAUAUUAAAACAGUGCUGCAUUAAUUCACGAUUACGAUGCGUUUCUCCGUGUGUUGUGGGAAUGCCAAAUAAACGUGGCUCUCUCUCUCUCUUUCUCGCAGAGGUUCGGCAUCAGCAUUAAUAACUCCUUGACAAUUCGCAGAGUGCAAGUUGAUCACAAAAUAGCAAAAACCUCGGCCUUCUAUUACACAAUUAGACAUUUUUAGUUGCAUGCAACCCAUUCAGCGGAAGUAACAAUAACCUCUCUCGCUCAUUCCACCGCGAGAACGAAGAAGGACAACGGCGUGUUGGCAGCGAAAGAGAGCGAGCUCCAGGUGGUGCGUGUGUGAGGAACCUCCACGCCCAUUGCCGCGUCGCUGGCUGCUCUCGCGGUGACAACAGUUGGCGGAAGUGCCAACACAUGGAAAAUGAUAUAAAAUUGGACAAUCUUAACUCGUGCAUGAAUGAAGAGGUCUCUAAAGUUUUUUCCAAUAUGGAUGAAAAACGGAAAGGUACAGAAGAGGAAUUUCAGAACUUCAUGCAUCGCGUCACCGAAGUUGAAAAAAUAAUUAAACAGCUCUCAUCUGAAAAUGAAACCGAACAACGGCAAGGAAUACAUUUGGCUGAUGAAAUUUUAGGGAAGAGUCGCAAUUGUGAUAUAUCAGAAGACGAAGAGCUGAAGAUAAAAUCAAAUCGCACAUUAAUUAAUACGUAUUCUGCUGAAGAUGCAGAUCCAAACCAAAUGUCGCAAGAAGCUUUCAAACGAAGCGUUGAAAAGGAUGCACAAGCCAGGUCAGAAGAUCGCAAAACUCGCAACGAGCGUGCAGAAACUUACAAAAGAAUUGGAAAUGGCGCCUUCAAAGAAAGCAACUACGAGAAAGCUGUUACAUACUUUACAAAGGCUUUAGACCAAAGACGCGAUUCUACAGUAUUGUGGAAUAAUCGCGCUCUUGCUUACAUGAAACUAAGCCUUUUCGAGAAGGCACUACUUGAUUGCGAAUGGGCGUUAAAGGUCAACGAGGCCAACAUCAAGGCUUUACUUAAUAGCGCCAAGUGCCAUCGGUCACUCGGCAACCACGUUAAAUGCAAAGAGUUCAUUGCACUUGCCAAAGACAAGAAUCCAUAUUUUCUCAAUUACAUUGCUGAAUUUGAAAAAAACUUGGAGAGUAAAGCAGCUAAUAACUCUGAUUAAACUGACUAUAAUUUUGUACGAAAACA